UGCAAGCGCUGCCGGGAGCUGGUGGACAAGUUCAACCAGGGAAUGGUGGACACGGCCAAGAAGAACUUCGGCGGCGGGAACACGGCCUGGGAGGAGAAGUCGCUGUCCAAGUAUGAGUCCAGCGAGGUCCGCCUGAUGGAGAUCGUGGAGAGCCUGUGUGAGAGCAGCGACUUCGAGUGCAACCGCCUGGUGGAGGAGCACGAGGAGCAGCUGGAGGCCUGGUGGCUGCGGCGGAAGAAGGAGCACCCUGACUUAUUUGAGUGGUUUUGUGUGAAAACGCUGAAAGUUUGCUGUCCUCCGGGAACCUAUGGCCCGGACUGCCUUGCGUGCCAGGGCGGGUCCGAGAGUGAUGAACCCCGUCAGCUGCGUGCGUCCAUGUGUGUGUGUGUGAGUGAUGAACCCCGUCAGCUGCGUGCGUCCGCCCAGGGCACUGGCUUACGCAGGGCCUUGCUUUCAGAUGUGGACGAGUGCUCGCUGCCAGAGAAGCCGUGUCUGAGGACGCACGAGAACUGCUACAACACGCCUGGCAGCUACGUGUGCGUGUGCCCCGAUGGCUUCGAGGAGACGGAAGACGCUUGUGUGCAGGCGCCCCAGCCAGCGGGGGCGGAAGUCACAGAGGAAAGCCCAACACAGCCGCCCUCCCGCGAAGACCUGUGAGCAACGUCCAGCCAGAAGCCAGACCCCCUUUAAGUUAUUUAGGCCGACGCCCUGGACGCACACCCUGAGCCUCACCCGAGACCCCAGGCCCCGGAGAAGCUGCCUUCAAAACGGUUGAUGCUCAUUGGCCCUUUAAAAAGCUGCAUUUUUGGUUCUUCUUAAACAGAUUUGUCUAUUUUGAUACCGUUCUUUGUAAUAAAAUGAACCACUGAAGGUCGGCCU